AUGUCGUUGUUGCGUCGCGCUGCAUGCCCGCAGAGGGUCAUACCCAAACGUGUAUGCGAGGCUGUUAAGAACCCUCUAAUCGGAGGGCCCAAUCAGAAGGCUCGUGGUGCUAUCACCAGUGGAUUCGCCGGUGGAGGUGCCAAGAGGCUAGGAGGCAAAGGUUAUGGCAUUAUGGCUGAUUGGUGUGAUCACGGUUACAGUUUCACUAAGGGUCAGGCGAUCACAGGUAUGCCUCAUUGGCCUCUAUGGUGUGGCGGUGGUGUUCCCGACAAGUUCAUAAAGAUAGACCCAGAUGUCCACUUCAAUUUGCAAGGUUAUCGUGAGCGUAUCGGAUGGUAUGGAUUCUUCACCGCCUUCCUGCAAGCCAACUACCACGCGUUUGUCUACUUUGUGAGAUUCAUUCCCAUCAACAUAGCAAUUUUCUGGAUCUAUGUCAACGAACGUCAGAGAGAGCCCCAAGAGAACGUUAUGGACCACGAGGAGUUCUUCAGGGACUUCGACUCGAUUUAUCUUGGACAAGUAUUUGACCAUCACCGAUUCGCCGAGUGGCUAGCUCGUCGUCGUGCUGUGAAAUGGGGCUACGCGGAUCAGAUCCAUAUACCUCCUGUGCACUAA